AUGCCUUGGAAACAUGUAAGUGUCACAGACUACACAAGCAGCACCCAAGUUCCUCACCAGUCUUCUUGGGACCCUGGGUCCACAUUUUUGCUCUCAACUAACCAAAGUUGCCGGUCGCCAAUGGCGGAAGCAGUUUUCAAGAGUAGAGUCAAAGAACUAGGGUACGAAAACCGGUUCAAUCUUAUAGAUUCGUAUGGUACCGGAGGCUGGCACACUGGUGAGUCUCCAGACUCCCGUUCCGUGAAGACUUGUCGUAAACAUGGUGUUCCUGUGAACCACUCAGCUCAACAGAUCACCAGCAGUGAGUUUAAAAAGUUUGAUUAUGUGAUUGCCAUGGACAAUUCCAACAAGGAAGACUUGUUACAUAUGAAACCACGCAAUAGCAAUGCUAAAGUGGCGCUUUUUGGCGAAUGGAGGACGGACGAGUCGUUCGGCAAGAUUGUGGUGGACCCAUAUUACGGUGGAAUUGAUGGGUUUGAAACCAAUUUCAAGCAGUUGAGUCACUUUAGCGAUGAGUUCUUGAAGCAGGAGUUGGGAGAGAAGCAGAAUUUGUAG